AUGGCCUCCUUCUCCGACCUCCCCGUCGAGCUCGUCGCUCACAUAUUAUCCUUUAUCCCGCUCCCUGGGCAUCUCGCCCAAGUGUCGCUCGUCUGCCGCGCCCUCGAAAAGGUGACGCAGCGCUUCCUCUACCACUCCUUCGUCACGGCCGAGUACAAUCUGCACUACCGCCGUUUCAGCCGCCGCAUCCGCCCCUUCUUCCGCACCAUCCUGCUCCGCCCGGACCUCGCCCGCCAUGUCAGGGCCGUCGCAAUUGAAUCCUGGCCCACCUCGAGCUUCGACGACGCGCCUAUUCCCGAGCACGCUCUGUCGCUCUGCCGGGACGCCGUCGCGCGCCUCGACUGGCCUACCGCUGACUUGAAGGCCCAAUGGAUCCGACGCCUUACCGAGAAGGACCCUCGUCACCAGGACGCCGAAGUCGCCCUGCUGCUGGCAAUGCUGCCCAACCUGCGCGAGCUCAGCCUCGAAGACGUGUGGGAGAAGCCCAAGCUGACCAUUGCCGUCCUCCGGGCCGCGGCGGCCAACACGCAAGACGCCUCGCGCCCAUUGCAGCGCCUCGAGUACCUCUCGGCCGACUCGGACGACCCCAAACACGGCUGGCACGACUUCACCUACUGCGACGUCUUCUUCGCCCUGCCGCGCGUCACGACGCUCGAGUGGGUGCGCCCCAACCCCGUGCGGCUGCCGCCGGGGCUGCUGAAGCCGGCCAUGUCCAGCAUCACGGCGCUGCGGCUGCACGGGGCGCAGAUGCGCGCGUCACGGCUGCUCGAGAUCGUGCGCGCGUGCAGGGCCCUCACUACCUUCGCGUACACGUACGACUCGCUCGUCCCGGGUGACAACUUCCUGCCGCGCGACGCCGCCGACGCGCUGCUCCAGUGGCACGGCAAUACGCUCGAGCACCUGACGCUCGACCUGAACGAGGACGCGCUGAAGGGCCUCUGGCAGCACUCCCCGCCCAACCGGCUCUACCUGGGCGACCUGACGGGCUUCACCCGUCUCAAGACGCUGCGCUGUGGCCAGCAGUCGCUGCUCGGCCUGCUGCACGCGCCGUACACGGGCUUCGGGCUGGGGCGCGGCCGCGUCGCCGCCCCGAGCGAGGUGCGCGCCGUGCCGUGCGUGCCGCCGCUGUCGGACUUGCUGCCGCAGUCGCUCGAGGCGCUCGAACUGCGCUACUGCGACAUGCGCUGCGUGCCGGACGUUGUGCUGCUGCUUGGGAAAGCGGAGAACGGGUUGGGCUUUUGGUCGCUGAGGGAGGUGAGGGUCUUGUGCGCCGAGGAGUCGACGCGGAAGAAGGGCGUGCAGCAUAUGGUGGUGCUGGAGGAGCUGGAGAAGCUGUCUGAGGAUGAUGGGAGAAAGGUGGUGCUGGAUGUGCGGUAUGAGGGUAGGGAAGCACGGGAUAAGAGGCGCUUUCCUGUGGAUAGCGUCAAUGUGUGGAGGGGGAGUAGGAUCCGGUAUCCGCGGUGGGAGCGGAGUGGGGUGUGA